ACCUGUAGUAUAUUAUAAAGCUCAUAUGAAGUAAGACUUGAGGCUCCAUCUCGAGAAGGAGGAGCAAGACUGGUUUUGUUUUUGCUUAAGCCGACAUUGUGACGUGUGUUGGGAGCCAUGUUGAGGUGAAAGUGUUUUUGUGGGUGGACUUUGUCACAGAUUUUGGUGUGUGGUGUUGGAGCGAGGCUGCCGAGGCCGCCGUGUGAGGGACGCCAGGCGCUCACUGCCUCACUCGUCAUGAUCAACAUGUGGAAAGUCAGGGAACUUACCGAGAAAGUCACCAACAUGGUGAUGAACUACACAGAGGUGGAAGCCAAAGUUCGUGAAGCCACAAAUGAUGAAGCUUGGGGGCCAACAGGACCCCAGAUGCAAGAGUUAGCACAGUCAACAUUUUAUUAUGAACAGUUUCCCGAAGUUAUGGGCAUGCUGUGGAAGCGCAUGCUGCAAGAAAACCGAGCAGCAUGGCGACGCACUUACAAGUCUCUACUGCUUCUCAAUUACCUAGUUCGUAAUGGCUCUGAGAGGGUAGUCACAUCUGCUCGAGAACAUAUUUAUGAUCUAAGGACACUAGAAAACUUUAAGUACAUAGAUGAGCAUGGCAAAGAUCAAGGAUUGAACAUUAGGGUGAAGGCAAAGGAUCUAAUUGACUUCAUUCAAGAUGACAACAGGUUGCGGGAGGAGCGCAAGAAGGCCAAGAAGAACAAGGACAAAUAUGUUGGUGUUUCCUCGGACUCCAUGGGAUUCCGUGGCUCUAAUCAAAGUGAUUGGGACAAUUGGGGAAGCAGUCGAAGAAAACAAGAUGAAUCUGAAUUAGGAUCAUCACGCUUUGAAGAUUCACCUAAUGCCAGUGGUGAUGAAGUGGAAGAUACUGCAGAUCCUGUAAAUGAAUAUCGUGAUGAGGAGAUGAGUCCCAAAUCUGGCAGAACAUCAGUCACUGCCACCCCCAUCACAUCCAUCACCAAAGCCUCAACAGCUCCUCCUGCCAAAAAAUCUUCUAAACCCUCAAAGAUGGUGGAUUUAGGAGCAGCUGCAACUUUUGGGAAGGAUGCUUCACAAUCACAGUCACAAGCACCUGCAACACAAUCACAAAGUAAUGACCUAUUGGACGACUUGUUUGGAAAUGCGACCAGCAAUGGUACAUCUAGUCCAGCCAAAACCUCCCCAAGCGGUGCUGAAGAUGAUUUUGAUCCCAGAGCAGGUGAAGCUGGCAGUUUAAACAACAAGGCUGAUUUUGGUGACUUUAGUGUUGCUUUUACAAAUAAUGCAGCAGAGGCUUCAGGGAAUGAUGAUUUUGCAGACUUUUCCUCGUUUCCUCAUGAAUCGGCAAGAACAGUUGCUACUGGUGGCUCCUCAAAUGCUUCCUUACUGAUGGGAAUGACCCCCACUCCAGCUGCCUGUGCUUCUUCCUCAACUACCCCUGCAGUAUCUGGGGCAGCAAGUGUUCCCUCCAGUAAUAACAUGGACCUUUUGCAAGGUAUUUUAGGACCUGCCACAUCUUCCACCCACUCUACCCCAUCAGCAGCUAUGAUUCCCUCAACUGGUGCUACUAACACUGAUAUGGGAGCAUUUGUAGGCGGGCUUGCAGGACUUACACUCUCGCCAACAGCUGCUGCCCCCAUGACGCCAGCUAUGCCAACAUCAAGAAGCCAGGAAAGCAACCUUGAUAAUGUGAGAGAAGAUAAACGAAAAAAGGAUUACAAAGACGAGGAAGAAGUAAUAAGUGGAGAAGAUGAGGUUAAGAUUCAAGAUGUAAAACCUAUCCUUGGUAGGCAGAAAACUAUUUUAAGAUGCCUGGAAGAGGAGCUGGCAAAAUCUGACCCAAAUCCCUCUUUGAUUGUGGCUUCUCUGGAGACAGUUAUUAACUUCCUACCUGGAGAAUUGACCCCACAGCAGUAUGCAGGUUUGGACCAACCUAGUCAACAGGCACAGGUGUUUUAUAAAUAUAUCUGUGCCACAAAUGUUGCCAUGGUAGUACAAAAUUUUUUGAAUAAUGGAGUCCUUAAGAAAAAUUAUGAAUGCAAGAAAUUGUUUUACAACUUUUUGGAAACUUGUUAUCUAGAAGAAAGUGUUGGUGCAUUACUGAUCAUACUAAAUGAGAAAAACUUGGAAAAAGCAACAGUUGUAGGAGAUUUGUUGGAGAGAGUGAUAUUAUCAGAUGCCUAUUUAUUCUGUCUGCUGAGACAGUGCUCGCUCUUUGUGAAAAAGGAAAGGCAAUUAGCUGUGUGGGAGGAAACUGUUAGACUUCUCACUUCCUUGCCAGAAAAAGUUGCAAAUAAACUCCAGAACAAAAUUCCCAAAACCUUUAUACCAAGAAUAUAUGGCAAAGUUGUGGCCUAUCACAUUCUGCAGGCUAUAUAUUUUAUAGCUGAUGGGCUCAUCCAUCAUAUUCCUAGUAACAUUGAGGCCAUUGGUAAACUUCUUGGUCAGUUGUGUUAUGUUAGUGAUGCACAAGCUGUGCUCACUCCUUUUGUCCACUGGGUGAAAAGGUGGUCGAGCAAAAACCACGUAGUUGUGAGAAUCACACACAGACUAUUCCAACAUAUCUCGCCAAUGGCCAAAGAAAGAGUCAUUGCAACCUUGUUAAAGAUGGAAGUUGACCACAAUACUCUGUAUGUGCUGCUGGGUGAUUCGGGCAUAAUUUGUCCGAAGACAAGAUACCUUCUUACGGAAAAGUUUCUUAUUACCAGACAGAUUUCAAAUUAUGUAUCGGUUCCUACCAUUAUUGGGUAUUUGGCAGCUUCAGAGAGUAGCCACAAGGUUCUUAGAGCUACUUUUCAAAAGUUGUUAGAUACUUGGUGUGAUAAGAGCAUCAUGGCUCAUGGAUCAUUUGAAUAUCACACAAACAUUACGAGAGGUCUUAUGGUUUGUCUUGCUCAUUUCACUGCAACAGAUAUUGACCAUUGUAGAGAUAAAGUUAUUGAAAAGAUGCUUCAUGGAGUUGGUCAUCACCUUGACAGCCCAAAUCAUCAGAUGAAGCUAGUGGGAAUGGUUACAGCUGAAGAGUUAACAAGAGUCCUAUGUUCAGAUGCCCCACAACUCAAAUUUGAAUACGAAGAUGAUAAACUUACCCUUGACUUAAAGAGUUUAGUAUGUCACAAAAAAAAGGAUAAUGUAUGUGAAACUUCAGAUGAUGUAGCAAAAGUGGAUGAUGGUAUGAUUGACAGCAUUUGUGAAAAUAAAUGGUGGCUGGAGGACUUUAAGUUGGAGUUACAAGAUUUGGGUAUGAUACCCAAGAGUUCAAACACCAUUUCCCAAGAAAAAGAUGAAGCUUUGAAAACUGAAAAUAUAGAAAAGAAAAAACAAUGUUUAGUAAAUACAGAUUUUUGCAGUGAACAAAUGGGGUCAAAUAGUUCUGAAGUACUGGACAGUGACGAUGAUGAAUUUCAACCAUAUGAUAUGUCGCAUGAUACUCCCAAGACAAAAGUUAGGCUACCAUCAUAUCCUCAAGAAGUGCUAGACUAUAUAAUUGAAGGCGAGGCAGAAAAGGUGGCAGCAGCUCUAGAGGUAUCGGAGAAGAUUGUACGGCGGGAAUCAAAGAGGAUGGAUUCUGAACUCUCUGUAGAGUUGGCAAAGGUUGUCCUUAGUUUAGAAGAUAAUUAUAGUACUCAAGAUUUUGAAGAAAAUCGUUUAAGAACUCUCAUUGCUCUGACUGUCUCGCACCCUAGCAAGUGUGCACUAUACCUUGGUGGGGAAUUUUACGAAAGGAACUAUAAUAUGAAAAAGAGGAUAGAUAUUAUACAUUCUCUUCAUAGAGCUGCAAUUGAAUUAUCAGGUGAUGAUUCAUCUACAUCAUCAUUUCUACAUGGUAAUCUUGUAACUACUAGUAAAGAUAAACAUAAUGUUUUGAAAGUUAAUGAAAUGAAAAAUGUUGCUGGUUGCUUUUUCUUUCCACUUGUGCAUGGCCUUACUGAGCCACGACCAUAUCUUGAUUUGAUGGACACCGAUCGCUCUCUUCUGUGUGAACUUUUGAGGACCCUUGGUGUGAUUGUUAAGGUAACUGGGCAGUGUGAAAUGACUCUGAAGAUGGCUGCAUGUCUCUUGGAGCUGACAUGGUUAUUACGCACACAUAGUGACUCUGAAGUUCGUGCGUCAUGUUUAGAAGCCCUUGGUGCAGGCUUGGGGUGUGUACCCAAUUCUGUAUUGUUGUCAUGUGUUCCAGGAGAGUUACUUGACUUGCAGCAGUGGUUAGCAAUAACUUUGAAAGAAGAUAAAGACAAAAAGUGUCAGCUUCUUGCUGCACAGUUGGCAUUGAAGCUGAACAAGUGCUUCUCUUAGUGCAAUAUCUAGGACCCCCCUCCCCACAACAUUCACUUUGUUUGCUGAACUUUAAUAAUGUACCACAACAUUUUGUUAAGACAACUUGCCUUGAUAUUUUGUAUGCAGAUUUAGCUCAUUUUCAUCUGUGUGGUUGGUAGUAAUUAUACUGUACUGUGUAUGAGAGAGAAUGGAGUGGCAACAAGACGUUGGUGGGUUGUGUGCAUGGCAACUUUUCCUAUGCCUCCAGACUUGUAUACAGUGAUUUUUAUUGUAUUGUUGUUAAAUGUAAUUCACUUUGUGAAUUAUUGACCUGUAAUAAAUUCUUAAGGGUCCAGGAUAAUUUUUUUUCUUUAAUGGAAGACCUGUCUAGGAGCUUUUUUAUUUCAGUAUGUUCAUUUUAAGAGAUUGGCUAUUUAUUUACUCUCUGGGUAUAUCUCUGGUCUAUCUGGAGUGUCAUGGGUGGCAAGUCAUAAAAUCUUGUGUACAUUUCAACACUAAAACUUUACAUUUUGUCCAAAAUUUGUAUUUCCUGUCUAUGAAGUACUUGUAUUGUUCCCCUCUCCUCUCCCAUAGCAGUAGAAAAGUACACCAAUUAGCUAUAGUAUUCAUCUCGAGCAUAAAUUAAUCAAAGGGUCACAGGAAGUAUUAUAACAAUCGCAUAAAUGUCAUUAUACUGUAUGAAAAGUAUUAAAUGUUAUAUGUUGAGUGCAUUUUUAUACCCAAGCCCAUUUUGGGCAAGAGGCACUGGCAGCUGUGCUGCAUAGAUGUGUUAUCACUAACAAAAAUGGCAUUACAACCAUAAACAUUUUGGAUAGCUGGAUGAUUUGAAACUUUGUUAGGUGUCAUCAUUACCACUAGUGUUGCUAAAAAUGGCUUAACAUUUGUUUAGCCAAACUAGCCAAAAGAUUUUCUGUACUUAGCUCUUUUGUCAUAUGUGAUUUAAGUGUUGUUGCUGCAUUUUGUUCACACCUGCUGUGCUCAGCAGGAUAAUUUAUUUUAAAUGAUGCAUUCCUUUAAUUUAUGUUUAAGAAACAUUAUAUUUGUUAAUAAUAGAAUGCUUAACAAUUUAAUAAAUGUAUUUUUCUAAUGUACUCUGAA